GGCGGCUCGCGGCGGGAGCAGUUCCCUGGUCCCGUCGGGAAGGAGGAAGAGAAGGAGGAGGAGGAAGGCGGGGGUCAGCCCGCUAAAAGCCGGUCUAAAUCAUGGCCAAGUACGACGAUCUAGGUCUGGAAGCCAGCAAGUUCAUCGAGGACCUCAACAUGUACGAGGCCUCCAAGGAUGGUCUCUUUCGCGUGGACAAAGCUGCCGGCAACAACCCCGAGUUUGAAGAGACCAGGCGGGUGUUCGCCACUAAAAUGGCCAAGAUCCACCUCCAGCAGCAGCAGCAGCAGCAGCAGGAGGAGAUGCUGAUGGCAGCACUGAACGGAGGGGCUGCUUUCAACCCCCCCCGGCCCUCCCUGCCUGUGGCACGGGGGUCCAAGCCACCCCCGGCCGCCGCGGAGGGGUCGCGCGUGAGGCCGUACGAUGGAGGUGAGGCCCCGGGCAGCCAGGCUGGGCGCUGGGGAUGGGAAGCGGAGCCCAACAGGAUCCCCAGACCCGCUGUGGGGCACAGGGAGCAACAGGCUGGGACCCCCAGUGACCCUCAGCCCUACCGUGGUGGGCAGGAGAAUGGCAGCAAGGGCUAUGAGCCGGCGGCAGCCGGGCAGAGAUCCUCCUUAUCGCAUGCCCGGGCCCCCCCGGCACCCUCGGCAGGGACAGAGGAUGGGGUACCGGGGGCCCUGCCACAGCAGAGGUCCUCCUCCUUCUCAGCCCCCAGGGCCGGAGGGGACAGCAGCCACCUGUGGUACCAGGGCGUCCCACUGUCCUUCCCCACCAGCUCCGCGCCCGCCACCCCCAGCGCGGACUACCCGCACACCACAGCUUAUGCCAGCCCAGCCGGACACUUGGUGGCCCACGGUCAGAACCACCGGGCCAACGGCAGCAGCCCAAGCCCAGAGCCGGGCUCCUCACGCCUGGCCUCACGUGGGGUGACGGCUUCGGAUGCUCCACAGCCGCUUUUCUCCGAGGGUGUGAGCGGACCCCGGUCGGACACCGGGCACCCCGAGGGCUCCAGCACGGCCAAGGUGAAGCUGCCCUGCCAGACCCUCCUUCCGCAGCAGGAGCAAGGGCCGUCGGCGGCUGAGCUGAAGCUGGAGGCGCUGACCCAGCGCCUAGAGCAGGAGAUGGAUGCUCGGCCGAAGGCUGAUUACUUUGGCACCUGCGUGAAGUGCAGCAAGGGGGUGUAUGGAGCAAACCAGGCUUGCCAGGCCAUGGGCAACCUCUACCACGAUGCCUGCUUCACCUGUGGAGCAUGCAGUCGAAAGCUGAGGGGAAAAGCUUUUUAUUUUGUCAAUGGGAAGGUGUUCUGUGAAGAAGAUUUCCUGUAUUCUGGUUUCCAGCAGUCAGCUGACAGAUGCUUCAUUUGUGGUCAUUUGAUAAUGGACAUGAUCCUGCAGGCUCUAGGGAAAUCAUAUCAUCCAGGCUGCUUCCGAUGCGUGGUCUGUAAUGAGUGUCUGGAUGGUGUGCCAUUCACUGUAGACUCUGAGAACAAAAUCUACUGUGUCAGAGAUUACCACAAAGUUUUAGCCCCAAAAUGUGCAGCAUGUGGACUUCCCAUUCUGCCCUCCGAGGGGUCUGAUGAGACCAUUCGGGUUGUGUCCAUGGACAAGGAUUACCAUGUGGAAUGUUAUCACUGCGAGGACUGUGGACUGGAACUGAACGACGAGGAUGGGCAUCGCUGUUACCCACUAGAUGAACACUUGCUUUGUCACUCCUGUCAUCUGAAACACAUAGAGAACGGCACAAUGCCAGCAGCUGCAUACCAGCACCACUACUAGCCUGCACGGCUGACAUCAGAAAGCCAGGACAGAAGAUGGUUACAUGAUCUCCCUCUCCCCACCCUCAGUUGGUUUCCUGUGCAUGUUUUUCACCAGUCAAUGAUGUUCCUGCAAAAGGAUAUGAGAGAUUUUAGCUGGAUUCCCAGGGGUUUUAUGCUUGUGAGUUCCAGCUGUAUCAAACCAGGUCUACUUGACCAAGAAUGUGGUGUGUUACCUAAACUGGUUUACUUCUACGUGCCUUUUUCUGCUGUCUGGAGAUUCCUCUUAGCUCCUUGUGGAAGAUUCUUCAGUGAAAGCACAAUUUGCUGUCGUGCCUAUGAACUCAAAUGGUGCCAUGCACAAUUAAAAAGCCGGAGGCUGGCUUGUCUGUCUGCCUGCCUGCCUGAUGGGGACAUCGCAUCGGUCUUACAUUAAGAAUUUCCUGAGAAGCACAUUUCAUCAGAUUCCCUGAAGGACAUCAACCUUUUAAUACCAGAUUUUAGACACUCUCUUUUUAUUAAUUCUUUAGGAAAAGACAAGAAAGGGGUCUGUGCAAAAUGGAUCACUCAGACCUUUCAGUUAAUUCCCAGGUAUCGAGCCUGGCUGUAAAAACACCAACUCUCCAAGCACGAAUCAGGUGUGCUGGCUGGCAGCUGGAGGCCAACAUCCCAUUUCAAAUAGAACAGAAGACUGGAGCAAGCUAGGCUGAGCUACCACGAUGACUUGGAGUUCUGGGCUUGCAUGUCAGCAUGAUACACAGGGGCCAGCCUACUGUGUCUGAGUGAAGGGUGGAUCAUGUUUGGAAAGGAAAGGUCGGGAUGCUGAAAGUGUGGACAUGGGGGAAAUCCAUCUUCAUUCCCAUUUGCAGAGCAAAUGCUCUCCCUACAGAGACACUUGCCUGAGUUUCCCAGUUGGUCCCCACAGCUCAGCCCCUGGGCUGGUCACUCAUUUCCAUGGUGUUUACCCAGCACAAAGCCAUUUCAUAAUGGUGCUUAUUUAGAGCUCGAGGUCCUUAUGGAGGCUUUGUUUCACGGGGAUUUAGAGCCCAGCUCCACAAGCUGUACUCAGAUGAGUAUGUUGGUAUAAACAAAUGUGCUCCCAUGAAUAACAACAGCUUAUAUGAGAGAGGGAUUAGAGUUUGGCCCUUGCUCUCUAAAGCAGAAAGGCAAAUCGUUUCUCUUUUUGACCCCUGCUCAAAGGAAUGUGCUCCCCCAGUUUGUGUUACCUAGGUGAUAGAUGUGCCUGCAGGGCAUGCUCUGUAGGUGCCAAAGCUGUGCAGCCCCUCAUGUACAGGUACAAAGUUUUUCUUUGAGGAAAAGCUCUUAAUUUAAAGCCUCAGGUUCAUUUGGGGUUCUUAGUUACCCUUUCUAGCAUAUUGUGUUGAGUUAAAUUGUCAUCUGUCUAUGCUAAAGAUGUAAAUUUGGUUCUGACUGGCAAGAAGAUGACAUUCUUGAAGAUCUUUUUAGUGAAGAAACUACAAUAAAUUAGCUGAGCAGUGGCACUGGGACUCCAAAAAUGAGCCUGUGCUGAGAACCCACCAUGGUUCAACCAGACCUCUUUAUCAGUAGCAUACACGUAGGUGCUUGAACAUCACACCAUGUAGUCAGACUGACUCCCUCGUGUGCCCACCAGGAGCAGCUCAGGUGCUGGGUAGCCACAAGCUGCCUGACUGCUAAUACACACCACGGGCCUUCAAUGUGUGUGGUACAAAAUGCUGUGCUAAGUAUUAAAUGGUAAAACAAAUGGAGACCAGUGACCUGUUAGCACCCUCCAACACGUCUGUAUGGCUUGCCUUGGCUGAAAUGUGAACAUCCCAAACUGCCCACGCCUCAGGAAGCUUUGGCAUGGAGUUUGAUGAGACCAACAGGCUAUGCAGCCUUCUGCCCCAUCCAGCUGUAAGCACCUCUGCCUGCUGUUAUUGCUGUUGGGGAUGGCAGCACACAUCUGGAGGUCAGUCCUGUGCUGGGAACUACCAGGAGCUCCAGCUUUGAUGUAGCUUGGCUCUGCAGCCCAUCAGUAAGAGACCGAGAGCUCAAGAGUGGAAACUUCUCCAGUGCAGUGUAUGUGGCCCUGGGGCAUAUUUAUCUUUGGAGAGUUGUACAUGUGAUUUAAGAGGGGGUAAAAUUGACCCCAAAUAAGGCCUUAAAUUUAGAUUCCAAAUGCUGCGUAGUGAGGGAUGGGAGCAGGUUUCAAGGUGUGACUGUGCUCUUAGGACUGUCAGAAGGGACUGAGGUGGGACAUAACAGCUGGUAAAUAACUUAUUCCCAAGCACGUGGGUCCUGUCCCUGAGCUUCCUUUGACAGCAAGGUAUCAAAGUGGUUUCUGGAAGUGAGGUGGAAACAGCAGCCUUGGUCGCCCGUUACUGUCUGUGAGAGAUCAGCUAUUCUGUGGCUCAUGGUUUUGAUAGCUCUUGGGUUUUAGAGCAUUUCCUGCCUUUGUUUUGGAAAGAUCUGAAAACACCAAUGGGACUGAUGCUUUCUUUUUAGCUGCAGUUUAAACUGUGGCCUCGCUCUUGCACAACCCCAAAAUUGCAGGAAAGAAGGGAGGAUGGAGAUGAGCCAUUUUCCUUCAUGGAAAGCCUCAAGCAACCUGUUUGUGGUGAGCUGUCUGGAGGAGCCCCCUUUGAUCACUGGGAAGCUGCACUCACACAGUGUCUCCUUACUCCUGCCAGCCAUAGAAUCACAGACUGGUUUGGGUUGGAAAGGACCUUAAGAUCAUCCAGUUCCAACCCCCUGCCAUGGGCAAGGACACCCCACACUAGAUCUUGGGUGACAUCAAGGCCCUGGCCAACCUGGCCUUGAUCCAUCCUGUAUCCUUCAGCGCUGGGGAAAUGAGGGCUGCCCUACUUUCAGUUUUGAGGUCCUGUGUAAAUUAUUAAGUGCCAGUGCUCUCUUUUCCUGUGUUUACAGAGCUAGAAACAACAGUGUGAAGCUACUGAAAAUGGAGCAUGUGAGCUUGUGGGUUUGAAGCUGAAGCAUCUACUGCAUUGCCCUGAGUGUACUGACUUGCUCCGCUUUUAUCUUUGUCAGUUAGAAUUCAUUUAAGCUCAUUAUUUCUCCAAGGCUGUGGGUAUCUUGAGUCCCUGUUGAUUGUCCCCAGCUUGUCUCUGGCUCUGCAGCUGCUUGACAGUGGGUCUGGGAUGUGGGAAUCAUAGAAUCAGACUGGUUUGUAUUGGAAGGGACCUCAAGAUCAUCCAGUUCCAGCCCCCUGCCACGGGCAGGGACACCACACAUUAGAUCAGGUUGCUCCAAGCCCCGUCCAACCUGGCCUUGAACACUGCCAGGCAUGGGGCAGCCACAGCUUCUCUGGGCUGCCAGUUCCAGUGCCCAAAGAAGGGGUAAACUUCCCUGUGUUCCCU